CUUGAGACGUCCAGUGGGCGGGCUCUAUGUGACAGGAGGAAGAAGGCUCGUGACGGGCAGCCGGGAUCCAACCUUCAAAAGCCGGCUGUUCUUUCGCCACUUCCCAUCACAAAAUACAGGCGUUCCAUGGCGACCAAAGGGAUGAACCUGUGCAAUGUGUGCUGCCUGCUCCUUUACGUUGUCACGGCGGUGCUGGCGGGACGAGAUUUCUAUGAGAUCUUGGGGGUGACCAAGAGUGCAACGAUCAGGGACAUCAAGAAGGCCUACAGAAAGCUGGCUCUCCAGCUGCACCCCGACAGAAACCAAGACGACCCGAAAGCUCAGGAUAAAUUCGCGGACUUGGGUGCAGCUUAUGAGGUGCUCUCGGACGAGGAGAAAAGGAAACAGUACGACGCGUACGGAGAAGAUGGACUCAAAGAGGGUCACCACGGUUCACACAACGAUAUCUUCUCCAGCUUCUUUGGUGACUUUGGUUUCAUGUUUGGAGGAAAUCGACAGCAACAGGAUAAGAACAUCCCCAGAGGAAAUGACAUCAUACUUGACCUGGAGGUCAUGCUUGAAGAGGUGUACUCUGGGAACUUUGUCGAGGUUGUACGUAACAAGCCGAUAGCCAAAGAAGCGCCCGGCAAGCGGAAGUGCAACUGCAGGCAGGAGAUGAGGACGACGCAGCUGGGACCCGGACGCUUCCAGAUGACUCAGGAGAUGGUGUGCGACGAGUGUCCCAAUGUGAAGCUGGUAAAUGAAGAGAGAACCUUGGAGGUUGAAAUUGAACAAGGCGUCAGAGAUGAAAUGGAGUACCCCUUCAUUGGGGAAGGGGAACCUCACGUCGACGGCGAACCUGGAGAUCUGCGUUUCCGUAUCAAAGUGCUAAAACAUCCUGUGUUUGAACGCAGAGGGGACGACCUGUACACAAAUGUCACCAUCUCCCUGGUGGAGGCGCUGGUCGGCUUUGAGAUGGACAUCGAACAUUUGGACGGACACAAGGUCCACAUCGUGAGGGAUAAGAUCACCAAGCCCGGAGCUCGCAUGUGGAAGAAGGGAGAGGGCCUGCCCAACUUUGACAACAUCAACAUCCGCGGCUCACUCAUCAUCACCUUCGACGUGGAGUUUCCUCAGACGCAGCUCGACGAACAGCAGAAGGAUGGUAUCCGGAGUCUUCUGAAGCAGGGCUCUGUACAGAAGGUCUAUAACGGACUCCAAGGAUACUAGCGCACUCACACACGCACUCACACACACACACAGCCUGGACUGCGUUCUGUCUCACACACACUUCAUCAACAGGGCCGCGCUGUGUGACUCUGACAUGGUGUAUUUAUUGUCUUCAGAUUGUUCUCAGGACGGCUUGAACCCAGUUCAUUUUUAAUGCUACAUUAACAGCAGCGGCACAGUUGCAGGUGUUUUUAUUGACAUGAAUCAAUUGAAAAGAUGCCAUUUCUUUGUACUGUUUUUUUUUAUUUUUUUUUUUUUUUUUCUUCCCAAAUUAUGUUGUAAUAAAACCUUUUUUGUUUGUUUUAAAAAGCUAAAUCAAUACUUUCUGAGUUAAGUUGGCCUGUAUGCAGAGUCUUUAAACCACCGGGUCUCUGUAUCGGCCUGCUGACGGACACGAGGCGCACAAAGCCCGCUAAUGUCACGCAGCUCAUGGCCUCGUUCACCUUUUCUGACCGCUAAAACAUUUUGGGUUGUUCUUGUCAAAUUUCUGUUCAAUAACACUUUGUAAAUAGGAAAGUACAAAGCUCAUCGGUUUGUUGUGUUCUAGUUUUCCUAUUUUAAGUCGGCUCUUUAUCUGUUUACACGCUGCAAGGGAAGAACUGCCCCCCCCCCAGGUUCACUGUGACGAGAGUUGACCUCUUAAACACACAGUGAUGUUUUACUAUGUUUGGAGGAAUGAGGCGCUGCUGUAGGAGAGAAAAUAGGUUCACACAAUCCUCGUCACUCACCUUUUUAAAUCAAAGGGACUUCAUAUUAUUAUCGGCUUCCGUGUGGUUCAUUCUCUUUCUCCCCGUUGGUUUUUACUAUCAACUCACCGCUGCCUCCCAGUGUAAUGAGCGUCAUGGCCUUAGGGAGGGGGGUGAAGUACUUUCCACCGACGAUCUGAAUAAAGAUUUCUACAAAUUCUGA